AUGGAGAACGACCUAGUCGACUAUUCCCCGCGCAAUCCAACAAAGAUCGAAAAGCUCGACUCGGCGUCCAAUGUCAUUCUUAUCGACAACUACGAUUCUUUCACUUGGAAUGUCUAUCAAUACCUAGCACUCGAAGGUGCUGCAGUCACGGUCUACCGCAAUGAUCAGGUCACGCUGGAGGAGCUGAUUGCCAAGAAGCCCACGCAAUUGGUGAUCAGUCCUGGCCCUGGCCAUCCGGACACCGAUGCAGGAAUCAGCAAAGCCGCGGUCAAACAUUUUAGUGGGAAAAUACCUGUAUUUGGGGUUUGCAUGGGUCAUCAAUGCAUUAUCUCUGUUUUUGGUGGCAAGGUUGACGUGACGGGUGAAAUCUUGCACGGAAAAACUUCGGUCUUGAAGCACGAUGGAAAGGGUGUGUAUCAUGGGCUGCCGACUUCAUUGGAUGUUACCAGAUAUCAUUCCCUUGCAGGCACACAUCCCACCCUUCCAGACUCGCUCGAGUUGUCUUCUUCGGCCAAUCUAGAAGCCGGUGCUAAACCAAUCAUCAUGGGAUGCAGACAUAAAGAAUUCACAACAGAGGGAGUGCAGUUUCACCCAGAAAGUAUCCUUACCGAACAUGGACGGACGAUGUUCCGCAAUUUUCUAAAAUUACGGGGUGGUACUUGGAAAGAAAAUGAGAAUCAAGGGGCAGCUGGGUCGGCCUUUACUGUAGCAAACGGCGAAGGCAAGCCACAAAAGAAGGUUUCCAUACUUGAAACCAUUUAUGCCCACCGAAAGGCCGCAGUGGCAGCUCAAAAAUUGAUACCUUCCCAAACUCCCGAAGAUCUCCAAGCCACUUACAAUCUUGGAAUUGCACCGCCACAAAUAUCGCUCCCUGAUCGACUAAGAAAAUCCCCAUAUAACUUGUCUCUUAUGGCGGAAAUCAAAAGAGCAUCUCCGUCCAAAGGAACCAUUGCCGCGUCAGUCUGUGCACCUGCACAAGCUCGCAAGUAUGCCGGCGCUGGGGCCAGUGUUAUAUCUGUCUUGACAGAGCCAGAAUGGUUUAAAGGAUCUUUAGAAGACAUGCGUGCCGUGCGCCAAAGUCUUGAAGGACUGCCAAACCGUCCCGCCGUUCUCCGAAAGGAAUUUAUAUUUGAUGAAUAUCAAAUCCUUGAGGCCCGGUUGGCUGGGGCAGACACUGUGCUACUCAUCGUCAAGAUGCUUAGCAUUGAAUUGCUCACAAGACUUUACAACUUUUCCAGAAGCCUAGGUAUGGAGCCACUAGUCGAAGUGAACACACCCGAAGAAAUGAAGAUUGCUGUCGACCUUGGCUCACAGGUGAUUGGGGUAAACAAUCGUGAUCUCACAAGUUUCGAAGUUGACCUGGGAACCACGAGUCGCCUCAUGGACCAAGUUCCAGAUACCACGAUCGUGUGUGCCUUGAGCGGUAUUUCCGGGCCUAAGGACGUUGAAGCCUACAAAAAGGAUGGCGUGAAAGCUAUCCUUGUUGGCGAGGCAUUGAUGCGGGCUAAGGAUACAGCAGCAUUUAUAUCUGAGCUACUUGGAGGAAGCAUCAAGAGUAACAGUGCUGCCUCGCGUUUAGUCAAGAUCUGCGGGACCCGCACUCCAGAAGCUGCUCGUGUGGCUAUUGAAGCUGGUGCCGACUUGAUUGGCAUCAUUCAGGUUGAAGGCCGCAAAAGAACGGUGUCCGACGAGAUCGCUCUGCAAAUAUCAAAAGUCAUCAAAUCCACGCCACGUCCAUCCGCAAUUCCUACCAAUGCCCAGACCAGCUCACCGGAUUACUUUGAACACUCGACAAAUCUGCUGCGACACCCUACCCGUGCUCUCCUUGUCGGGGUAUUUGCCGGUCAACCUCUCUCUUAUAUAAUCGAGCAACAGCGAAAAUUAGAGCUUGACGUUGUGCAGCUCCAUGGUGACGAACCCCUUGAAUGGUCCAGCUUGAUUCCUGUCCCUGUGAUUCGGAAGUUCAGCCCCGGCCAACCGGGUCUCGCUCGUCGAGGCUACCACGCGCUCCCUCUUUUUGAUUCUGGCAAUGGUGGGUCUGGAGAAAUGUUAAAUCUGUCGUCGGUGGCCAAAGAACUCGAUAGUAAUACUGGCAUUGCUGUACUUUUUGCUGGUGGGUUGAACCCUCAGAACGUGGUCGAGACGCUAGCCAAUCUGGGUCAAUCUGGGUCUAAGGUAGCUGGUGUCGACGUAAGCAGCGGCGUGGAGACAGAUGGCGUUCAAGAUCUUGAGAAAAUUCGUGCUUUUAUUUCAGCAGUGAAGGGAAAUUUAUAG